CAUACAUAUACGAACUGAAGUUGUCAUAAAAACUCAUCACCUUAAGUGUUGCGGGCAUAACGUCAGCUGCAUUGGUCACGAGGCACAGGAAGGCAAUGGCAGACGUCAAGGUUCAGGUUGACAGCAAACUGAAAGAAUUUGAACAAUUGUUUAAAAAUAAGGAUUUCAACGGUUUGGAGAACAGAUAUGCUGAGAACUGUGUUUUCUUACCCGCUGGGCAAAACAAACAUCAGGGACGAAAUGGUAUUUCUGACGUGUUCAAGACCAUUUUAGAACAGAAGAAAUGGGAGAGCAUUGACAUUAGAUCUGACGAUGUGGAUGCUUCGGGGGAUCUGGUCGUGGCAACGGGCAACUUCAUCAUCCGAGGUGCGGAUGGAUCGCAGGCCGCGGAUGGAAAGUACGUUUUUGUAUGGAAAAGGGUUGCAGACAAGCUUUUGCUGAAGUACGACAUCUUCAACUUAAAUUCCGCCUGAAGUCUAAUCCGAAUCUCCUUUACAGAUUUAUAAAAUCAGAUAUAGCAAAUGUUUGAUAGAUCAGUCAAAUGCCAAGGAGGCUGAAGUAAAAUUAAAUAUCAAGGUGCAAUUGUCGUAUUAAAAGUGUAUCAAUUGUAAAAUUUCGUUCUUACUUAUACGGAACAAUUGUUAUAAAGACAGAUUGGGAAGUAGUACAAGUAUAGAAGAAAUAAAUGGAUGAUGACGUAUACAUGCGUCAUUUCAUGCCCGUUUCGCAUAUAAGUCUUUUGGAGCUAACAAAGUUAUGUAAUACUAAAUUGUAGACAGGGAAAUCUUAAGUGGUGGAUCUGUGCGUAUCAUAAGAUGUAAAACAGAUUAGAUAUGACUCGUUGUUGCAUUUAUAAUUUCAUUUAAU